AUGGAUUUUUUCACACAGAAAAGAGUCUCAAAGAGGAAGAAGACAGGCUGUUUUACAUGCCGCAAAAGGAAGAUCAAGUGUGACGAAUCUUCCCCCGAAUGCCUCAACUGCUCCAGGGGGACUUUCAAAUGCAUUUGGCCAGACAAUCAGUCUUCAUUGCCGCAUACUGCGGAAUUCAAGGUGGAGAAAUACGACUCCGCCAAACGUUCCAGAAAAAGCCGCUUUGUUGAUUCAGGGAUAGUAACUCGGCGGAACAAACGACCAAAAAGAGCUAUCCAGAUCGUGGCUCAAGUUGGGUUCGUCCAAAAUGAAAAUUCGGGUCCCGGAUCUCAAGAACAGUCGCUAACGGCCAAACAAGAACGUUCUGAGAAUAUUGAGUCUGAUCAACGAGCCCUCAUAGAAUCGAUAUUGCUGUCUCCGCUGCCGAUGGAUAACUACCAUAAUUGGAUCCCCGGAGUGACUCUGGAUCUGCAAAGUGCGCAUUUGUACUAUCUUUAUGUGAACUAUUUCGUCCCAUCUAUUAGUCCGCAACCUUUUGUCUCCAAAUAUAUGCAGCCUUCGGCCCUAUUCAUCUCUGCUGGAUCCCAGAGUCAGGGUUUGAGAGAACUGUUCUAUCUUUGCAGUGCCUAUUAUCUCUCUCAUUGUCGACCUGAAAUGAACCAGAAGGCAGAAUUGCAAUAUGUCAAGUCAAUUGGGAUCAUUAACCAUGAGUUGGAGACGAAUGGUUCCGGAUAUACAGAAGACUGGAUGGGUGUGGCUUCUCAGUUAUUGUGUAUAUCCAGUAGGAUAUAUGCCAGAUCUUGGGAGAAAUCCACAAAGAACCUCGCAAUCUCAUAUAAACUAUUGCUGAAGAAGAAAAAACAAGCGGUGAUUGAAGAGAUAAACGAUACGUCUUCACUGCAGAUGGACAAAUCUUCUUUGGAUAUCAGUUCUCCUCGCGAUAUUAUCUUUUUUGACUCUUUCGCCUAUAACUACGCUAUAUGUCUGCUAUGGUGCAGCCCAGAGCGCUUGAAGAUUUUGCCCUCGCCCUUCGUGGUAUUUGACCGCAUUGGACGUGACCUCUUUGAGCAUUACCGUGCUGGCUUUUGGAUGAACAGCCCGUGUUUUGGGGCAGCUUUUGAAGCGUUUGAGCUUGUGGCCAAGAUCUCCUGGCUGUCCAAACAGACGACACCGUUGGCUCCGGGCUUGAUAUUCGAGCUGGAAUCGAGGGCAAGAAACUACACUCCCCCAAAAAUGCAGUCUGUUGGUAUUCAGUCUUCUCAGAAACAGAAACUGAUAGAUUACAGCAUACUAAUGGGAAUUGCCACGGCUAAGGCAGCGCUGAUUUUGAUCUCCAAGCUUUUGCGCCCAAAUCUGACAGAGCAGGAUCCCUUAAUUCAGGAAUGUGUGGAGGGUUGUUACGAUGCAAUGAAACAGAUCUCUUUCUCAUCCCACUGCUUUGCAAUUGGAGGGUGGGCUCUAACUGUUGCUGGGGUAGCAGCGAUCAAAAGGGAACAUCGUGAUUACUUUCUGGAUGCUCAAAGAAAAAUUGAUAACAUGCAUCAUUCCUACACUUUUGCUUCAGUCAGAGAGUUCAUGCUUGCAGCCUGGGGCAGUAAAUCUAGUCUGGGACUCGGUUUAGAUAUACUUUUCAUAGCCGAAUUUACAGAAGCGGUUCUGAUCAUUUGA